AUGACGCGCAACCAAACGCAACAAUGGAGACUCGGGUUGCUGGCCAGGGACAACCGAAAAAAGUUGGCCGAUGGUCGCUGGCCCAGUUGCGCCAAACUGAUGGUAUUAUUCCUUCGCAAGCCGGCUGGAACAAAGGAGAUUCGCAAAAAUUGAUGACCAAUUUUGGUACACCACGAAAUACACAGACGAAAAUCAAAGCCGAAAAUCUCCCGGUAUUCUUUGUUUGCUCUUCAGUUUGAUU